ACCAUAUCGGAAGCCCUAAAAAAAUACCUCUCCGACGUUGAUGGGAUAAUCGGUAUUUAUGUGUCCGACAAGGAUGGCGCUAGAAUAGCUGGCGCUUCAAUUGAUGAGGUACCUGAGCAGGCUUUCUUAAACUAUGUUGUCGCCUCUUUCAUUGGAUCAAUACAACAGGCAAAUAAAAUAGGCCUCGGGGAUUUGUCAUACAUGGUCACUCGCUAUCAGGAUAUGACC